AUGUAUGCCAUUUUCAAAUUUCAGAGCCUACUGACAAUAAUCUUGUUGUUUAUAUGUAUUUGUGCAUAUAUCCCACCCUUGGCUCCUAGCCUCUUGGACAAAAAUAAAAGUGAAUCGUUGGGUAUAUUUAGGAAGUGUGUCAGAAUUGGUGGAUGAAAGUGUCUCUAUGUAGCAAUAUGCUAAGUAAUGACUUUCAGCAUCUUGUUCAUCCAGUAG